GAGUGAGAGAUAGAUAUAGAUAGAGGCAGAGGCAGAGGGUCAGGAGGAACUGGAUUACCGGGGGGCACUUACACCAGAAGGUGAUCAGGUUCUGAGCGAUUUGGGAUCAUGGUAGUGAAUUCGGUGCACUGGUUUCGGAAAGGACUGCGACUUCACGACAACGCCGCGCUGCAGGAGGCGUUAAAUGGCGCGGACACCGCGCGCUGUGUUUACGUUCUGGAUCCGUGGUUCGCGCGAGCGGCUAACGUCGGAGUCAACCGGUGGAGAUUUCUGCUAGAGUCGUUAGAGGAUCUGGAUACGAGUUUGAGGAAGCUGAACUCGAGGCUGUUUGUGGUGCGAGGGCAACCCACAGAUGUGUUUCCCAGACUGUUCAAGGAAUGGAAAGUGACUCGGUUGACCUUCGAGUAUGACUCCGAGCCGUACGGUAAGGAGCGGGAUGGUGCCAUCAUUAAAAUGGCCCAGGAGUUCGGUGUGGAGACGAUCGUCAGGCACUCUCACACCCUCUACAACCCGGACAAGAUAAUUGAGAUGAACAACAACAACCCGCCUCUGACCUUCAAACGCUUUCAGGCCAUCGUGAGCCGCCUCGAGCUGCCCAAGAAGCCGCUGCCCACCAUCAUCCAGGAGCAGAUGGCCAGCUGCAGCGCGCAGGUCUCGGAUAACCAUGACAAGCAUUACGGCGUGCCCUCACUGGAGGAACUGGGGUUCAAAACUCAGGGCGAUGGUGUGCCAGUUUGGAGAGGUGGUGAAACAGAGGCUCUGGAGAGACUCAAUAAACACCUGGACAAAAAGGCAUGGGUGGCUAAUUUUGAGCGUCCCCGAAUCAAGGCUCACUCGCUGUUGGCCAGCCCCACCGGUCUGAGUCCAUACCUGUGCUUCGGCUGCCUGUCGUCUCGAGUGCUUUAUUACCACUUGCGUGAACUCUAUAUGAAGCUGCGCAGGCGCUCCAGUCCCCCUCUCUCACUGUUCAGGCAGCUGUUAUGGCGCGAGUUCUUCUACACUGCGGCCACCAACAACCCCAACUUCGACCGCAUGGAGGGAAACCCCAUCUGCGUCCAGAUCCCUUGGGACCGGAACCCCGAAGCGCUUGCCAAGUGGGCCGAAGGAAGGACGGGCUUCCCCUGGAUCGACGCCAUCAUGUGCCAACUGAGACAAGAGGGUUGGAUCCACCACCUAGCGCGUCACGCCGUGGCCUGCUUCCUCACACGGGGAGACCUGUGGAUCAGCUGGGAGAGCGGCAUGAAGGUGUUUGAGGAGCUGUUGCUGGACUCUGACUGGAGCGUGAAUGCUGGAAGCUGGAUGUGGCUUUCCUGCAGCGCUUUCUUCCAGCAGUUCUUCCACUGCUACUGUCCAGUGGGCUUCGGACGCCGCAUCGACCCCAGCGGGGACUACAUACGGAGAUAUGUUCCGGAGCUGAAGGACUACCCGAGCCGUUACAUCUACGAGCCGUGGAACACACCAGAGUCUAUUCAGAAGGCAGCAAACUGCAUUGUGGGAGUCGAUUAUCCCAAACCUAUGAUAAACCAUGCAGAGAGCAGCCGGCUCAACAUCGAGAGGAUGAAGCAGGUCUAUCAGCAGCUCUCGCACUACAGAGGCCUUAGUCUGCUAGCAUCAGUGCCCACCAUCCAGGAGGAGGCAGAGCCAUCGAUGUCGGAUGACUCCCAGGCCAGCAGCAGUGGUGCCAUCUCCUCAUCCCGUCAACCACAGCUCCAGUCUGAACUUCAUCCAUCGCGGACGGAUCCCGACCCUGAUCCAGGCCAAGAUCCCGAUUCCGAGCCUUCGUCCUCAUGCGCUCCUGCAGCCAUCAGAAAGCGAGGUUGCUCCUCUGAACCUCAAACCUCUCAGAAUCCUAAGGUGCAGCACACCAGCGAGAUUACAGCUGAGCAGAUGACACUGACAGCAAGCAGUGACUGAACAGGUGAAGAUAAAGAGGAAACAAAAGAGGAAGACGCUCUGCAACAGGAGCAAGAGGCAGAGCUACAGCGUUUUCACUUCUCCAGACUUGCUAGUCUGUUCAUUUUAAAUCUGUUCAGCAAGAUGGAGCUUUAUUUACACGUUCAUAUUUAGAGUGGAUGUGCUUUAACAUUUAGCACAGUAAUGCUAGUAUCUGGAUCUUUUAAAUCAGAUUUUUUUAUUUAAAAGAUUAGCAUGGCAACUAAAAAAAAGGAGAUUUAUCAAUGUUGUAUUUUUUUAAAUAACUGCAUAAUUCUAAUUUCAUAUUAUGAGCACAUACCUAAUGAAGACAGGAAUCUUAAACAUCCCUGUUGAGUAAAUUGUUUUUUUUUUUACCAAGGUUUAAUAGAUUUACACAGUGAAGACAUUUCUCGCAACAUCCGAAUCUCUUAGAGAAAGAAUGUCCGUGGUGUUCCCCUUAAGGGCAACUACAUUCCUUAAUAAACAUGCACCUUUACAAGCUUGAGUCUCCACCAAGCCCCAAGCUUAGAGCACUAGGGUUAUUUAUUUUAACUUGGGUAUUUUAUAAAAGAGUUUAUUUAGUUGGAAAGAAAGUUGGGAAAAGUACUGCAGGGAGGACAGUGUUUUGAAAUAAUGAAGACGAUGAAGAAAAGGCACUUUAUGAUGUUGCAUCUGCAUGGUUUAUCUACAGUAUAAAUAAAUCCAUACCUUGGGCACAGAAAUGCUUCGGGUGAGUUUUAUUGUGAUUAACCGGGGAUAAACCACAAAAAUGCAGGUCGCAUGGUAGCAGGAAUUGGGCCGCCCAGUCCUUCCUUUCCUGUGUCACUUAUGCUAUUCUCUCUUUAUGCUAAGUAAUAUUUAUGCUUUUACUUUUAUAAGGAAUCCGACUGAUGUUUUCCCCCACAUUCUCAUUUCUCUCCUCUCAUCACUCUGAAUUUCGCACAUACUUCUAAAAAAAACUUGUAUAAAAACAUUCGCACCAGGUCUCACAAGCAUACAUACUGAAUGACGAGUUAUAAGCAUGAUUUUCUUUAAUACGUUCUUUUAGAUACUGUGUAAUCGCAGGUGAAAUUCCAGUGACAUAAGAGGAAUUAAACACUCAUGUAGUUUUUGUAAAAUAAUCCAAUUUUAAGUGGUAAUUGUACAUAACUGCAGAUGAUAUGUAAGAGUGCUGCGGUUAUUCAUUUAAUGAACCGAUCAAGCCGGAAAUAAAUCCAAUUAUCUGUCU